AUGUGCUGCUGUGUCCUUGUCUUACUCCUCGAACAUGUUGCCAACCGCUUUUGGCGGAGUCGUCGGGAGCAAACUUAUGCCAUCACCGGCUCCGAGACGAACCUCGACAAGUUGAAGGACUUGGUUAGAAAGAUGUCCACCUCGACCCUUCGCCGAAUUGACCGUUUGGAUUCGACCCAAACUGCCCAAGAUUCUCAGCGAGAAUUCCACCAAGAGCUGCCGGCAAUUCCGGAAGAUGACGAUUUGGAUGAUUCGAUUUUCACAAUAUCACCUACUCGGUUU